AUGAUAUUGAGUUCCACGAAUAUGCAGGCUAGAAAAAUGCUAUUUGCUGCUAUUUUAUCUAUUUGUGCAUCAAGUUCAAAGAAGAUCUUAAUCUAUAAUGAAGAAAUGAUAGUAGCCGCUUGUUUUAUAGGCUUUAUUAUAUUCAGUCGGAAGAGUUUAGGUAAGACUUUCAAAGAGACUCUCGACGGGAGAAUCCAGGCUAUUCAGGAAGAAUCGCAGCAAUUCCUCAAUCCUAACGAAGUAGUUCCUCCGGAAUCCAAUGAACAACAACGGUUACUUAGGAUCAGCUUGCGAAUUUGUGGCACCGUAGUAGAAUCAUUACCAAUAGCACGCUGUGCGCCUAAGUGCGAAAAGACAGUGCAAGCUUUGUUAUGCCGAAACCUAAAUGUUAAGUCAGCAACACUUCAAAAUGCCACCUCUUCCCGUCGCAUCCGUCUUCAGGACGAUUUAGUCACAGGUUUUAACUUCUCAGUGAGUGAAAAAUUUGAACCCGGGUCUACGUUGAAAGCUUCUAUAGUAGAACUCAUUCGAGAGGGCUUAGCGGUCUUAAGAAUGGUUCGGGUAGGGGGUUGUUCUAAAAUAAAGUGA